AUGAGCGAAAACAACGGUACCGCUGGAGAGCCGACUGUCUUCAAAGAUGGCUCGAAGGAUGAGGGCAUUGGCCUUGAGGCCUUCGCCGCUGCCUUGGUCACUGGUAUAGUUGUGUUCGCAAUCCAAAUCACCGUAUUCCUACUCUUCAGGAAUAAGCUCGCCCGCAUAUACAAACCCAAAACAUUUCUUGUCCCCGAGCGAGAGCGGACUGACCCGCCGCCAGCGAGUCCUUGGUCCUUGGCGAUUUCGCUCAUGAAGAUCAGCGACCGUGAGCUCAUUAAGAAAUGUGGUCUCGACGCCUACUUUUUCCUACGAUACCUGCGAAUGCUCCUGGUCAUAUUCAUACCCAUUGCGUUUGUCGUCAUCCCGAUCCUUGUCCCAAUCAACUAUGUCGACGGGCUCGGGCAUGAGGUGAUUCGCGAAGUAAAUGACACAGCCCCCGACGUACCCCGCGGCCUGGACACGUUGGCAUGGCCGAAUUUGAAGCCUAAGAAUCAUCAGAGGCGAUGGGCGCAUCUCGUUUUGGCUCUGGCCGUCAUUGGUUGGGUCUGCUACGUAAUGUUUCUGGAGCUGCGGAUCUACAUCAAAGUACGCCAGGACUACCUCACCAGCGCAGAACACAGGCUGAGGGCCUCGGCAAACACGGUCUUGGUCAGCUCCAUUCCAGAGAAGUGGCUUACAGAGGAGGGAUUGAGAGGCUUGUUCGACGUGUUCCCAGGUGGCAUUAGGAAUAUCUGGAUCACGCGUGAUUUCACAAAGCUCCUGGAAAAAGUUCGAAAGCGCGACGAAAUACACGAUCAACUCGAAGCCGCGCAGACUGAACUCAUUCGCGAGGCUAAGCGUACAUAUCUGAAGAAGAGGCUUGCCGACGAAAAGAAAGGAAAGGGUGAUAAGGGUCGUCAUCGUCCUACGAAAGAUGAGAUUCAGAAACGACAGGAGGAAGAAGAUGCCGAAGCUCGGUUGCGUGCUCAGCAGGGCGGUAUUAGCGCGGGAACCCAUGAGGAUGUUCCUCACAUCGAUACCGCGCUCGAACAAGAUCAGCGACGGAAUAGUUAUGUGCCUCCAGAACAGGACCUUGCCGAUGGAAGCUCUAAGGAAGCAAAGGGUCUAGGCCUUGGACUCAUCGGAAAAGGUCUCAAGGGCGGCGUUAACGUUGUCGGCAAAGCUGGCCACACUCUUGUCGGAGGUGCCAAGACCAUUCAGAAGGGCGUCGAUGGGCAACUGGAGCACACUGGCGGAUUUGGCUUCCUAUCAGGAGAACCCAGAGGACCAGGAAGCCCGGUGCAGCCCCGACCUGUAACGCGAGGAUCCGACCGGCCACAAAGAACACCUCGCAUGGCAAGCGAUAUUAGAGAGGAGACCAAGAAGACUUCAUUCGACACUGAUUCAGGCUAUCACGGGCAUUCCCCUUCUGGCUCCAAAGACGAAGAUGCCAUGAUGGCGGGGGGCACGCGACCCGACUCGGCUCAGACGCGAGGUAACACGACAAGGAGAGCGAUGAACUUGGAUGGCAUGAUAGUCAAUGAGAACAACUCUUGGUGGAAGUUUUGGAAGGCCCCGUCAGGUGGUUAUGCCUCUCCCGUUCCCCAGGGACGUGAGGAAGAUGAGUUCCCCCUGACUGGUUCGUCAUCUUCACAGAAGCAGAAGAAGACUUUCUGGCAAAGGUUGCUCGUCUCAUUGCCCCUUGUUGGUGGGGAGGAUAUCGCUCCAGUCGAGUAUCCCGUAUCAGCAUCCGAAUUCGCCUAUUCCAAAGAUCGUGAUGAUGGAGCAGAAUGGAAAAAGUGGCUCCAAGAAUCCAAGCGCCCUACCCACCGUCUUGCCAACUUUGAAUGGACGCCUUCGUGGCUUCCCGGGCUGCCUCUGAUCAACAAGGAGGUCGACACGAUCUACUGGGCUCGCGGCGAGCUCGCACGUCUCAACAUGGAGAUCGAGAUCGACCAGAAGCAUCCUGAGAGAUACCCAGUUAUGACCUCGGCCUUUAUUCAGUUCAACAAUCAGGUGGCUGCCCACAUGGCCUGCCAGAGUGUGACGCACCAUGUUCCUAGGCAGAUGACGCCCCGUGUCGUCGAGGUCGCGCCGCAUGACGUAAUCUGGGAAAACAUGGCCAUCACUUGGUGGUACGAGUGGCUUCGAUUUGCCAUUGUCCUUACAAUCGUCGUCGGCAUGGUCAUCCUUUUUGCUUUCCCCGUUAUUUUCUCUUCUGGAGUUUCCCAAAUCGACAAGUUGGUCCAGGAUCUCCCUUUCUUGAGCUUUCUUUCGCGCAACGAACAGAUUUACAACUUUCUCCAGCUUGUUUCUGGAGUGCUGCCGGCCAUCAUCUUGGCCAUCAUUCUCGCGGUCGUGCCCCUCAUCUUCAACUUCCUGGCAAAGCUCCAAGGUGCCAAGACAGGUGCUCAGAGGUCUGAGUCUGUGCAGAUUUACUACUUCGCGUUCCUCUUCUUCCUCCUCUUCCUCGUCGUCAGCUUGUCAACAGGUGCCCUGGCUACAAUCAGCGAUAUUUUCAGUGCCAAAGAUACCGUUAAUAGUGUUGCGGGCAUUCCAGAGCUUUUGGCCAAGAACUUGCCCAGGUCAGCCAACUACUUCUUCACCUACAUGAUACUGCAAGCUCUAUCUGUGAGCUCGGGAACACUCAUGCAAAUCGGCACCCUCAUAGUCUGGUAUGUCCUCGGCAGACUCCUCGACAACACUGCCAGGGCCAAAUGGAAGCGGCAGACUGAGCUGCCCAACGUCAACUGGGGCUCUUUCUUCCCCGUAUACACGAACUUCGCAUGCAUUGCAUUGAUUUACUCCAUUGUGGCCCCUCUAAUCUCGAUUUUCGCCAUCAUCACCUUCAGCCUGCUUUGGCUUGCUCAUCGCUACAAUAUGUUCUACGUUACGCGCUUCCAGACAGAUACCGGCGGCGUUCUGUUUCCAAGGGCUGUCAACCAGCUCUUCACCGGUCUCUACGUCAUGGAGCUCUGUCUGAUUGGCCUGUUUUUCUUGUCAACGGAUGAACUCGGAAACCUUGUUGGUUUCAGGCAGGCAAUUGUUAUGAUUGUGGCAAUGGUCAUCACCGUGGGCUAUCAGAUCCUACUCACCAAGUCAUUUUCACCUCUGUUUAGGUACCUGCCAAUUACCUUCGAGGAUGAGGCGGUAUUGAGGGACGAAGCCUUUCAGCGGGCUCAGGAUCGUCGUCUCGGUCUUGUUAAUGACGAUCCGGCAGACGGUGAUGUUGACGAGGCCGGUAUGCUUCGUGGAGACUCUUCCAUGGCAACUAGAGAGGAGAUUGAGAUGAGAAGGCUGUCUGCAAAGCGCCGCUCAGCCACGGGCAGCGCUCAUGGCUCCAAAGUGGGCAUGCUUAACCCUGUCGCGGGCAUACGUCAUGCAGGGACUUGGGCCGUCCGGGCCGGCAAACAUAUUGAACAUGCCACAUUAGGCAAGGCGGAAAAGAACCUCAAGACUGCGGCUCAGUACCGCAAAGAACGUCGCAUGAAGGACCUCGAGGCGCAGCGUGCUAUAGGAGAUGCGCUGUACGGAGGCUUCCAUGACGAAAUCGAGGACCUGACGCCGGAUGAGCGUGAUGUGCUCGUCCGCGAGGCGUUCAAGCACGAGGCAUUGCGUUCGCGCCGUCGGGCGGUCUGGAUCCCGCAGGACGAGAUCGGAGUGUCUGACGACGAGAUCUACCGCACGCAGUCCUUCAGCGAAUACAUCUGGAUCAGUAACGAGGGCACAGCGCUUGAUAGCAAAGUCCGCGUCAUCUAUGGCCGGGCGCCGCCCGACUUCUCUGAGAUGGAUCUCAUCAGUCUUUGA